UGAAGGCGAUCCAACUGUUGCACAGCUGAGCUUGAAUAUUACCCAACUCGUGAAGGGUUUCCUCAUGUCAGAGUGGAAGAUGUUGUCCACUCCAGCGGGUUUAUCUGAAUGUUUACGCGAAUGGGACGAUUUAGAGAAGAACUACCAACAAAUUCAGGACACCCACCGUCUAUACAAACAGAAACUCGAGGAAGUGACCAAACUGCAGGACAGCUGCUCCGGUGCCAUAGCACGUCAGAGGAAGAAGCUGAAAGAGCUCGCUGUGUCGCUAGCUGAAUGCAAAGAAAAUCAUCCAACGCCAAAAUUAAGCCCAGAGGAAAUGGAUGCCAUCGCGGAAAUGGAGGACUUGAUGAAAGACAGAGCAAAUUCUUUCUCUGAGAUGGAAGCUUUUCUGCCGAAGAAAAACGGGUUGUACCUCACGCUUGUUUUAGGAAACGUCAACGUAACGCUCCUCAACAAGCAGUCCAAAUUUGCCUACAAAGAUGAGUACGAGAAAUUCAAACUGGCCCUGACCGUCAUCCUGUUUGUGUUCUCCUUCACCUGUCGCUUUUUGUUCAGCUACAGAGUCGUAGAUGCCCUUUUCAACUUCCUGUUGGUGUGGUAUUACUGCACACUCACCAUCCGGGAGAGCAUCCUCAUCAGCAACGGCUCAAGAAUCAAAGGUUGGUGGGUUUUCCAUCACUAUGUGUCCACCUUCCUGUCCGGGGUCAUGCUCACUUGGCCUGAAGGCACCCUGUACCAGAUGUUCAGGAACCAGUUCCUGUCCUACUGUCUGUACCAGAGCUUCGUCCAGUUUCUGCAGUACUACUACCAGAGUGGCUGUUUGUACAGACUCCGAGCGCUGGGAGAAAGACACAACAUGGACCUCACAGUCGAGGGUUUCCAGUCCUGGAUGUGGAGGGGCUUGACCUUCCUCCUUCCCUUCCUGUUCUUCUGUCACUUCUGGCAGCUCUACAACAGCAUAACACUCUUCAAGAUGUUUCAGCUCCCGGAGUGUAAAGAGUGGCAGGUCCUGAUGUGCGGCUGCUCGUACAUGGUCCUCUUCAUGGGGAACGUCUUCACCACGUUGGGAGUCGUUUACCAGAAAUACAUGAACAAUCAGGACAAGUCCAAGAGCUUGUGAGGCUGGAAAACCGAGCGCAUAACGAAUGACGUGUGGACGAAUGACACCUGACGAUCACGACAUGUAGCCGAAAGCAACGCAAUCAGACUCACCAAAAAUCCUCCCGUUUGUUCAACAAGAGUCAUCACGGCUCUAAUAUUCUGUUUAGAGCUUUUCAUCAUGUUAGGACUGUGGACCAUUUACACGUUCUGCUAGUCUGCUAGUUGUGCCAAUGGCCUUUUGACUUCAUAUUGAUGUCAGUUAUGGUCACAGGUAGACCAUCACGCUGACCUGUCAAACACCACCUUUCAGUUCUCGCUAAGUGAGAUGGUUUCAGUUGGACUUUCUUAAGAAAAAUGUUGCUGAGCGCAGACAUGACCAUGUUAGUCGCAUCAUAUUUAUUUAGAGACGUCUGUGCAGCUUUGUAUUUUAGCCUUUACAGGAAGUGCUUAAUAAAACACUCCAACAGAC